CAGCUUUUCGCAGACGUAGACCAGCUUUGUCUCUGCGCUCGGCGGCACGCGCGGUUUGCUUUGGGUGCGAUUCCCUCUCGUGACUAUACUUCUUUUGCGGCGAUGUGUCACGGACUCCUCUACUUGAAUACAAAAGAUGAAUAAAUAGCGCACCGAAAAGAAACAAGUCAAUAUAAACGAAGGCUGCGCACGCCAAGGUCAGUUCUUCGACGUAGCUACUUGCUGUGAAGUGCCAGUAUGUGGUUGUGCUGGCUGCUCUGUCUGUCCGUGCUGAGCGUGGACGCAAGGGGGAGUCUCGCCGGCAGAACAUUCGAUGGCCCGACCAUCGACAUCCCGGAGGGCUUCCUCAUUGGCGCCGGCUCGGCAGCUUUCCAGAUCGAGGGGUCGGAAAACGCAGAUGGCAAGGGCCCAAGUGUGCUGGAUGGUCUGGAUACGAAGGGGGCGGCAGACUCCUAUCGUCGCUACAAGGAAGACGUUCGGGCAAUAAAAGAUCUGAAGCUGCAAGCUUAUCGGUUUUCCGUGUCCUGGCCGCGCGUCCUGCCUGACGGCGACAGCAAGAAGCCCAACCAGGCUGGCGUCGACUACUACAACAACCUCAUAAACGAGCUCAUCGACAACGGCAUCCAGCCAAUGAUUACCAUGCUCCACUACGACCUUCCCUUGGAGGUGCGAAAGAAAACGGGAGGUUGGACGGAUCGGAGAAUGGUUGACGCCUUUGCUGAGUACGGCGACUUCCUGUUCGAGAAUUUCGGUGACAGGGUAAUUGCUUCAGAGCAUUACUCAACGCAGAUGACCGAGGAAACACUACAAACUGAAACUGAGAAGUGAAAUUGUGGACCACCGUCAAUGAGCCUAACUACUACUGCAUGAGCAGCGCCAUGGGAGGGGGUGGCCAGAACCCUGGCGAUGACUACAAGUGCGUGCACCAUGUCAUCCUGGCGCACAUGAAGACGUACCGGAU